AUGGCUCCUCUCCUCCAAGCAACGGCCGAUGGCGACCGAUAUGAGCUCACCAGCCCAACGGCAAUGCCGAAAGCCGGUGCCUUUCUAUGGAAUCAAAAGAUGAUGAUCCAAGUGACUUGUCGGGGAUACGCAACUGCACAGUAUAUGCAGCCGGAACCUGCAAAAUAUGCGUAUGCGCCAACGUUGGAAGCAAAGACCUUCAUGCAGCCGGAGCAACCUUACUACGACCAUCAUCCUGGCCGUUUUGUGUACAUCAAGGAUGAAGAAACCGGCUACGUCUUCUCGGCGCCUUAUGAGCCUGUGCGCCGCAAGCUGGACGAGGGCGACAGGUUCAUAUUCUCUGCAGGAAAGAGCGACAUUUCCUGGACUCUGGAAACUUUUGGGAUCCGUGUCGAGAUGUCAUUUCAUAUUCCUACUAAUGACGUGGCUGAGCUGUGGUCUAUCAAAGUCACCAAUAUUUCGAACCGCGAGCGCAAGCUCAGCAUUUACCCUUACUUCCCGCUCGGCUACAUGUCAUGGAUGAAUCAGGAAGCGGAGUACAACGAGAAAGUUGGAGGUAUCGUGGGAAGUUGUAAGACGCCCUACCAGAAAGCAGCAGACUACCCCAAGACGAAGUACCUCAAGGACAAGACAUAUUUCCUUUGCGAAGAACGACCCGUUGCAUGGGAAUCCAGGCAAUGGGCUUUCGAGCGCGAAGGCAACUUACAGUAUCCAGAGGCCAUCAAGGAAGAACAGCUGAGCAACAGCGAUUCUCGUUACGAAACACCUACGGCCGUUGUGCAGUACCGAGUUGCGCUUAAGGGGAAUGAAAAGCGAGAGUACAGGUUUCUGUUUGGCCCAGCUUACGAUGAGAAAGAAAUUAUGAACAUGAAGAGCACGUAUUUGGGCAAAGAGCAAUUUGCACAGACUGCAAAGGAAUACGAAGACUACAUCGCAAGAGGAAGUGGAGCCCUCAAGAUUGAAACACCUGAUAAGGAUCUCGACAAUUUCGUCAACAAUUGGCUCCCACGACAGGUCUACUACCAUGGCGAUGUGAACCGUCUUACGACUGAUCCUCAAACGCGAAAUUACCUUCAAGAUAACAUGGGAAUGAGCUUCAUCAAGCCCGAAGUAGCACGUGCAGCUAUCUUUAGGGCAAUCUCGCAGCAGGAAAAAACUGGCGCCAUGCCUGACGGUAUCCUACUGGCCGAAGACGCAGAACUGAAAUACAUCAACCAGAUCCCGCACACAGACCAUUGUAUUUGGCUACCCAUAGCUCUGGAGAUCUAUCUCAACGAAACGGGCGACUACGCGCUUCUCGACGAGGAAGUCCCCGGCAUGCACGGUGACACGUAUACUGUCUUCGAGCGCUUCAGCCGCGCAAUGGACUGGUUACUCUCGGCCCGAGACCGCCGUGGCCUCAGCUACAUUGCUCAAGGCGACUGGUGCGAUCCCAUGAACAUGGUCGGACCCAAGGGCAUCGGUGUUUCGGGCUGGCUCACCGUAGCCACUGCCUACGCUCUCAACCUCUGGGCUGAAGUCUGCGAAGCAGCUGGGCAAGGUUCCGUGGCAGAUAAGUAUAGAACCGGCGCUGAAGAGGUAAACAACUGUGCCAACAAACACUUCUGGGACGGCAACUGGUACGCCCGUGGCAUAACCGACGAUAACGUAACUUUUGGGAUCAAGGAUGACAAGGAGGGCCGCAUCUGGCUCAAUCCGCAAGCAUGGUCCAUCCUCGGUGGCGCCGCCUCGCAUGAAAAGAUCUCCAAGAUGCUCACCCAGGUUGAUGAACAGCUCAGCACACCCUAUGGCGUCGUAAUGUUCGCUCCACCUUUCACGGCUAUGCGUGAGGACGUCGGCCGUGUCACGCAGAAGUAUCCCGGCCAAGGCGAGAACGGUAGCGUAUACAACCACGCAGGAGCCUUCUACGUCUGGGCCCUGUACAGCAUCGCGCAAUCCGACCGCGCGUUUACCGUCCUUCGCCAGAUGAUACCCGGUCCUGGCGAGGAGGACUACAUCCAGCGCGGACAGUUACCCGUGUAUAUUCCCAACUACUACCGUGGAGGAUACAGGCUAUAUCCUCGCACUGCUGGACGGAGUAGUCAACUUUUCAACACUGGCACGGUAAGCUGGGUGUACAGGAGUCUUGUGGAGGGCUUGUGUGGGCUGAGGGGAGUAAAGGAUGGAUUGAGCGUAAAGCCGUUGUUGCCGAAAGCGUGGGAUGGCAUCAAGGUUACGAGAUCAUUCAGGGGCGCAACGUUUGAGGUUAGUGUCAAGAGAGGCGACGGAGAGGACGUAAAGGUGAUUUCGGAGGGGGAGGUGGUGCAUGGUGGGGUUAUCAAGGGGAUACAGGGUGGAAAGACAUAUAAGGUUGAGGUGGAGAUUCCAAAAGCGUAG